CUGCAGUUUGAAUAGUGAAUUCGAAGUGAAAACAGUUAUUGCGAGAUAUCACAACAAGCGAAAGUGAAGCAUGCAGCGUUUAAUUUUUAUGUUGCUACUGUUCGGGGUGUUUGCGAUUACAAUCACCCACUCACGGUCGGUGAUUAUUAAGAGAUACGCUGAGCCUGAGGACGGUAAGGAAAAAAAGAUUGUGGAGUCCCAGGUGCCAGACAGUAUCAAAAAAGGAAGCAAAUACUUUCAGGACAUAUACAGUGCCCAAAAUUCACCCCACGAAUUAGAAUUUGGACAUGUUAGAGAAACACCAGAUGAGUGGGAACAACGUUUCGAGAAAGCUGAUUUUAACAAGAAUGUUCGUCAGGGAAAGAUAAGGUGGGGCGAUAAAGACGGCGGUUAUGGUGAACACUAUUGGGACUUAAAUCAUGCUGGAGCAAAUGACGACGAAGAGGGAGAAAAAGUCGAACAGGAGACUCAACAGCAAGCUCAAUAUGUCGAUCAACAACAACCACAAGCACCUCAACAAACCGUUGAGCAACCCUCUCAAGCAGAUUCUAAAAAAGAAGCAAAAGCAGUAGAAGAAGAAGCCGUUAAAGAGUCCGACGCUGCUCUUCUAAAUUCAAGAAUUCAACGACAAACGAAUGACGCGGAAUUCAUCAACGACGAGGCCAGGCAAUUGUACAAGUCCGGAAAGAUGCAAAAGCAUGGAGGCAAUUACAGAAGGGAAGAAGACGAAAUCAAUUACGAAAGAGCGAAGAGAGAAAACAAACUGGGUGACGUAGAACUUGUUGGUGACGAUUGAAUCGAUGGUGAUGGUGCAUCGAAUUGCAUC